CACAUUCACAAUUAGAAUAUAUAACUUGACAUUUCCUCUCUCAACUACACCUAAAAUUCAAUGGGGUUAUUCGAAAACACAUUGUUUCUCUUUUGUUUCAUGAUAUUAGCCAUAUUUCACUCUUGUGACGCUCAAAAUUCACCACAAGACUAUCUUGUGGUUCACAACAAUGCUCGUGGUCAAGUCGGGGUUGGGCCUAUGUCUUGGGAUGAUGCCUUGGCAACCAAAGCACAAAGGUAUGCUGACUCAAGAAGAGGUGAUUGCAACUUGAUUCAUUCUGGUCCAGGGGAGAAUCUUGCCAAGGGUAGUGGAGAUUUCACAGGGAGGCGUGCCUCUGAAUUGUGGGUGGCGGAGAAGCCAAACUACAACUAUGGUACCAACCAAUGUGCUAGUGGGAAAGUGUGCGGACACUAUACUCAAGUAGUUUGGCGUACCUCGAUCAGGCUAGGUUGUGGUCGGGCUCGUUGUAACAACGGGUGGUGGUUCAUUUGUUGCAACUAUGCUCCUUUUGGUAACAUCAUCGGACAACGUCCUUACUAAAACUAUGUUAACUUAUGACAUAUUAUAUUAUAUGUAUUAGUAUUAAAUAAAAUUCCCCACCCUAUAUGUCAAAGGGAUUAAAUGGAGUUGCAUAAUUAUUAUUUUCCCUUGAUAUUGCUAGUAUGAAUAAUUUCAUGUACCAUAUUUUCAUGGUAUAGGGAAGGGUGGGCAUGUUAUAAUAUUAUGGUAUAACAUUGAAAAUUUCGAUUCGAUAAUUUUUAUUUUAAAACUAA